AUGUCUGACGCCAAGUUCUUCCAUACUCCAUACUUUGUUUCUUCAGUCGUUGCUCAUGCUAUCUAUGAGCUCGGCAUUGAGGACAAGGUCGAGGUAGUCACAAUGGGCUUCCAAGAUAUGAAGGGAGAGUUCCACUUGAAGAAGCAUCCACAGGGCAAGAUCCCAUUCUACACAGAGGGCGACUUCACCCUGAUCGAGUCGUCGGCAAUCCUCCUGUACAUCCUCGAGAAGUACGACACCGAGAAGAAGUUGACCAACUUUGUCGACAUCCACCAGCGGGGCAAGUUCUACCAGUUCCUGCUCAACUGCCCAACUCAGAUCUAUCCCAACUUUGUCCAGCUGUAUGCCCACCGAGUGCUGUUCCCAGCUGGCCAUCCCGCCCGCAGUGAGGGCACCAUCACCUCCAGCGUCGAAACCUGGCACUUGGAGAUCGCGCCAUUCGUCGUCGCCCAACUGGGCAGCCAGCAGUACAUCCUCGGCGAAGAGUUCACCGCUGCCGACUGUCUGGUCGGCUACAACGUGCUCAUGGGCGAGUUGUUGGGUGAGAUCAGUGAGUACCCAACACUCGUUGCCUAUCUCGAGCGUCUUAGAGCUCGUCCAGCCUUUGCCAAGUGUUUCACCGAGGAGAACAAGCAAUACCUGCCAACUCUUGAGCGUUAUGCCGAUUCCCUCCAACGCAAGGGUGUUCACAUGGCUGAGCUGCGCGCUGCCAGAGCUGAGCGUCUUGAGGCUGCCAAGCAGACUACUCAUGCUUAA